AUGUCCAGCCCCUGUGCCCUGCUCGCCUGGACCUUUCUCACGCUCCUCGGACUCGGAGUGGCUCAAGAAGACUUGACCCCAUGCAGCCCCAUCGUGCCCCGGAGAGAGUGGAGGGCCCUGCCGUCCACGUGCAAACAGCGCCUGGACCUGCCCGUGCGCUGUGUGGUGGUGUCACACACGGCGGGCAGCCCCUGCGACACACCAGCCUCGUGCAUGAGGCAGGUCCAGAACGUGCAGCAUUACCACGUGCGGACGCUGGGCUGGUGCGACGUGACCUACAACUUCCUGAUCGGAGAAGACGGGCUUGUGUAUGAGGGCCGGGGCUGGGACACUCAGGGCGCCCACUCAGGUCCCACCUGGAACUCCAAGUCCAUCAGCAUCAGCUUCAUGGGUAACUACAUGGAUCGGGCGCCCCCCCAACGAGCCCUCAGGGCAGCCCAGAGUCUGCUGGCUUGUGGCAUGGCUCGGGGCGCCCUGAGUCCCAACUAUGAGGUCAAAGGACACCGGGACGUGCAGCAGACACUCUCUCCAGGUGACCAGCUCUAUGAAAUCAUCCAGACUUGGCCACACUACCGAUACUGAGGCCCUGUCUCCCUCACCCAGUCAGAAACCCCCUGCC